GCACACUAGCUAGCUAUGCGGAUCUGUCAACAGGGAAAAACACGACAUGUAAACAAAUCAUUUCUAAUUCAGCCAAAAAAAUACGCACAUCAAGAAUGAACCAUGUAAAUCGACUGAUAUUUACGGUUUUAUUUGUAGUUGGUUAUCGAUUUUGCCGGGCAGAAAAUGCCAAACUAACGGUUCAGUUGAAGAGCUCAGGUUUUCACCGCGACUUGGAGUAUGCUGUCGUAUUUCCCGACUUACAGGCAAAACAACAUACAUUCCUUAUCAAGCAACCAUUGCCGGCUAGUGUUUAUGUUAGCACCGAUCAACUGGACGAUUUAAGUCGAUUUGAUAAGAUUAAUUAUUUCAUCGACAAACCAUUCAUUGACAUCGAAAAACCAACCGAAAAAUCGGAACCGUUUCACAUUCACUUGUUUGGUACAACUGCAUUUUUGCAAACGAUAUCGCUUCCAGUGCACUUUCGAUAUCAUCAGCCAGGUAAAAAGAGUUUUGUAACGGUGAACAUAACUUAUCCAGAACUUUAUGUGGAAGUUAAUGAAGAUGUUCCAAUACCAAAUGAUUCAAAGACUACCUGGAUGCUGUGCAAAGAUCUACGACAUCGAUGUAAAUAUAUUCAAGUGGAGUAUGAUAAUUUCUCUCGGAAAUCGUUAAGUGCAAAUAUUCCCAUUGGAAAUGCAAAUCUCAGCGGAAAAAUAACAUUUGCCACAAUUGCAUUGAGUUGGAUAGCAUGUAUAUGCAUAAUUUUUGUUAUACGAAAAAAGUACAACUCACUUAAAAUCAAAUUGAAAUAAAAAAAAAAGUUAUUAACAAA